ACUUUUUCCUUUCGAUUUGCAGCCAUCUUGUCUAGGGGCCUGUGUAUCUCUAGGCGUCUCGCAGUCACUAACUUUGAGUCCGAUACGGGUUAUUUUAUUCAGCCGUGCAGAGAUAUUCAGGAGUGCAUGGAUUUGAAGGUGAGCCGCCCCCAGCGAACGAUUUGUCUAUGAAUUCGCAUGGAUACCUGAACACUUUUUGAUAUGUUUUUGAACAGUACGGUGCAAGUGUGUUUUUCGUAGCAACUCUGCAGAGAAGCUGAACUGUAGGCUAAGAGCCUUCUGCAACUUUUUUCAACUAGAUACUAUCUAAGAUAGUUAUAUAUUAUAAUGGCAUUGAAACGGAUCAACAAAGAAUUGAUGGACUUGGGUAGGGAUCCACCCGCGCAGUGUUCUGCGGGCCCUGUUGGUGAUGACUUGUUCCAUUGGCAAGCAACAAUCAUGGGACCGCCAGACAGCCCAUACCAAGGAGGAGUUUUCUUCUUAACAAUUCACUUUCCUACGGAUUAUCCUUUUAAGCCCCCGAAAGUGGCAUUCACGACACGCAUAUACCAUCCAAACAUCAACAGCAAUGGAAGUAUUUGUUUGGAUAUUUUGAGGUCGCAGUGGUCACCGGCUCUCACCAUCUCCAAAGUUCUUUUGUCCAUCUGCUCGCUUCUCUGCGAUCCAAACCCAGAUGAUCCCCUGGUGCCAGAAAUUGCAAGGAUCUACAAGACUGACCGAGAAAAAUACAACGAACUAGCAAAAGAAUGGACCCGCAAGUAUGCCAUGUGAUCAAGUGGAUGAUAAUGGGGUUCCACAAAUUUUUGAUCCAGCUACGAUUCUUUGAAGACUUCACCUGAUGUCGACCUGUAUCAUGUAGAACUUAUUGAAAUUUUUAAACCUUUUGGAGACAGUUUUUUAUCAUAAAAUUUACUUUAUAUGGAAUGUAUCUUCAUAAACCUGUCACAGAAAGUAUCUGCUUCUGACGAGGUGAACUUCGAGAAUCUGAGCCAAGCUCGUCAGGUUGGCAAUCUCUAAGCCAAGCAUAUAUUAAUUUGUGAUGCAAUCUUUCUUGUAAUGUAAAUUUAAUCCAACCAAUGUUUGAACAAUUUAUAAGUCCCCGUUUGAUUCAGGCUGUGUGAGUCACUACACUCUCUUGUACUGUGGUAAAUCAACAGCAUUUCAAUUGUUCUUGGAAGUUUUGUGCUUGGCCAAUCUCAGUGGUGGAGUCCUGGGGUACCCAGUAACUACCAUAACUGCAGCACCAUCUGACGUCGUGUACCUGUGUACUGUUGCUGCCCAGUGCUGCUGUUUGUAUUGCUUUAUUGCGUAGAGCUUAUGAACCAAAUCUGUUCCCACCUCAGUCUUUGAGAUGAUGAAUUGGGAGUAAGGCAGUGUAUUAUCUCUAUGUGAUUUAGCUGGCAUGGGGGGGGAGGGGGGUAUGUGUCAAGCCUUUCAGCUCGGCCUAUGGUGAAAAAAGUGAAAAUAGUUCAUAUCAUGGGUCUGAUGUUUUAAAUCCUGUAAGUCAAGCACUGGUCUACGCUCAAUCUUGCUCUCAGUACCUUGAAAUUUAAAUUGCACUUAACGUGCAGUCGUCUGCUGUCUAUUGGUUUUAUUUAUUCAUUAUUUUGUUUUAUUUUUUAUUUUAUCUUUUGUGGACUGGGAGUAUUGCUAUCUUUGGCAUGGGAAGUCGGUUGGCUGUUUCCAAUUGCGGUUGUCUGGAUGGCUCCAAUUCGUCCGCUACUGUCCUAGGAAAUACACUUUGUGUAAAAAAAAAGUAAAAUAUUGAAAAUAAAAAUAUUUUAAAAAUCGAA